UACUCAAGGUCGUCACGCAGACGCACUUCUCAGACAUUCGGCGAGUUGCAUGUGCCUGUGAAUGUCAACAGGAGAACGAUAUCUGAGAUCUAAAUAACAAAAUGGAUCCACAAAAAGGACGAGCCAGUAUAUUUUCUCCCUAUUCUUCUAAUGACCCGAGCAUGAAUGUGCCAGUGACAGCUGGUGCAGCCGGUUCCAUCAUGUCACCAUAUCUCAACAUAGACCCAACGUAUAUUGGCGGGGGAGGCGAAGGAGACUUCAUAUUCCCAGAAGGUGCAAACAGACAGCGAGGUCGACUGGAGCUGUCGUUUUCUCAGAUUGGUGGUUCUGUUUUCGCAGGUGGAGCAGUUGGUGGUUUGAAUGGGGUUCUGACGGGAUAUCGGGAAACCCGAGCAGCACAGCUGACAGGAGCAGUGAGGAGAACACAAAUGCUGAAUUUCAUCACAAAACAAGGUGCUUCAUCAGCCCAAACUCUAGGAGUUAUAGCUCUGAUGUACAGUAUAUUCGGUGUUGUGUUGUCAACUAGUCGUGGUGUAGACGAUGAACUCAACACAGUAGUAGCAGGCACUGCAACUGGCUUCCUAUACAAGAGCUCAGCGGGCUGGAAGAAGUGUGCACGUGGAGGGGCAAUAGGUCUGACCCUAUCUGUGGCUUACGUCUUGUUCACCAGCAGAGAUCGACUCAAGACUAUGAUUGGCAGAGAUUAAUGUAUGAUUUGUCAGUGUGACUGAGUGACAGAGGUGUGUGAGAGUGGUGCAUCACUGUGCUAGGGCUGUAAUGAUAACAUGCGCCCUGUGAUAGUGUAAUGGGGAUAUUGAUACACAUGUUAUUAGGGUAAAGAACAUACCAGCUUGUGCCCAACGAGACAUAAAACAGUGUUCUCAAGGGGGCUCCUGAGCAUUAUACAGGCAAAUGUAAUAGUCUGUGAGUUUGGGCAUCUAGUUUGGGCAGUGUUUUGGCAAUUUGUUAACUUACCCUAAAAGACGGCAUUUAUGAUUCAUUUUCACACCAUGAGUAUCUACUUCCAGUGUUCAAACUUUAGCAUGAAUGUCGAGGGAUCUUAUCAUAACUUUCAAUAUGAUAUCUAGUGGGUCCUUGAAUUCAAGUGUUGAAGAUGUAUAUGUCAAAGAACCCAGUACCAUUCGUUACUGACAUACACUGAUUUGCAACAGUGGAACAAUAACUGUCAGUAUGCAUGACAUGGUACACCAGGGCCCAGAGUUGCUGGAAGUAGCUCCGUGAUCAUUACAGCCCUAUCAAGUCGGUAGAGGGACUGCAGCUAUAUGAGAGUUGAGUGUGUAUGUGUAAAUAUAGUACUGGUGUAAGGAUGGAUCGUCAAUUCUAAACGGUCGAUGACAGUCAUGUUUGUGGAUGAAUGUUGAUGUGUGUUUGACACGAUAUACAAAGGUGUGAAUGGGUUUCAGAACAUUAUUAUUGACAGUUAUGCAUUUAUCAAGGGAUCAUAGAAGACAGGGUUGAUUGACAAGACUAUCUGACAGAGCAGCUGAACUGCACCAUGCUCUGCCAUGGAGGCUGAUUACAUUUCUGGUGUUAGUGUGAAUGGUACAUGGAGGCAAAACAUCCGUCAGAACUGCAUUAAUGUAACAGGUACAACCCACUUAAAAUUGAAGGCGGGAGACAUGCAGGACAGAAGACUCAGACAUUUGUGCACAGACUAAAACAUUUAUAUCAUGUCACUUUUUCCCACUGUAGUGCCAGUUGUGUCGCUGUAACCGUGGUGACAUGACAGCACUUUUUUCUGGAUAUUGGGGUAGUUUUCCGCCAUAAAGCUGGAAUAUUGCAGAGUGCAGUGUUAAACUAAACUCACUCACUUUGUAUCCCUUUGUAUAUUUGGGAUGUAGUCUCAUGUUUAAGUAGAAAUGUUAGGGCAGUUAUUCCAAUAAUUCUUUCAAUUGAAUUUUAAACAUCUAAAUCAUAGAAACAUGAAGCCUGUUUACUUGGUGGUUUGUUUGAUGUAAACACAAUUUUCAUAGCCAAUUUGUAUAUUAUAUAGAUGUUUAAUAUGAUGUUAUGGUACUGCGUUUGUGCAUGAAUAUGAGUAUUGAGCUAAUAUGGAGUUUUUACUAGGAUGAUAUGUAUGUGUGAUGAAAGAGUAAUGUCAAAUAAACAAUGUCUAAUAUG